GAUUGUUUGCGAUUCACUGCGAAUGUAUUUUUGCGGGAGGUUAAAUAUUAUAUACCAAUGUACAUAUAACGAGAUUUUACAGGCGUUACAGGUGAUUUUCACUAUCAAGCUACGUUCGAGGAGUACAUGAUAUUAAUUGCAAGAUCGUGGAUCUUGAUCAUACGAUUGAGUUUCGAAAAUGAGGAUCGCCGUAGAGGGUUGCGCUCAUGGCGAAUUGGACAUUAUUUAUGAGACUAUUCAGGAAAUCGAGAAGGUCGAUGGGAGGAAGGUAGAUCUGCUUAUUUGCUGCGGCGAUUUUCAAGCUACCAGAAACUUAAGUGACCUAAAAUGUAUGGCAGUAUCGGAUAAGUACAAGGAUAUGCGUACAUUUUACAAAUAUUAUUCUGGCGAAAAAGAAGCUCCUGUGUUAACUAUCUUCAUCGGAGGCAAUCACGAAGCGUCGAAUUAUCUGCAGGAACUUCCAUAUGGAGGAUGGGUCGCACCUAACAUUUAUUAUCUCGGAUACGCAGGUGUGGUACAGGUGGCUGGAAUUAGAAUUGCAGGACUUUCGGGCAUAUACAAGAGUCAGCAUUGGAUGCAGGGACGUUAUGAGAAGCCUCCCUAUACUGAUAGUACUAUACGAAGUGUCUAUCAUAUUAGGAAUCUAGAAGUGUUCAGAUUAAAACAGCUUUCCGGUAAAAUUGAUAUAUUUUUAUCACACGACUGGCCGACAGGGGUAACAAAAUAUGGAGAUGUAGACACGUUGCUGAAGCAAAAACCAUUUUUUAAGGAUGACAUAAAAAGUAAUACGCUUGGCAGUCCUCCGUGUAUGGAACUGUUAGAACGUUUGUAUCCGUCCUACUGGUUUUCCGCGCAUUUGCAUUGCAAGUUCGCGGCGCUCAUUCCCGAGAAGGGAGGUGCACGAGUGACGAAGUUUUUAGCGCUGGAUAAAUGCCUGCCGAAACGGAAAUUCCUUCAGGUGCUGGAGGUGCGUUCGCAGGAAGACGGUCCGAUACAAUUGAACUACGAUCUAGAAUGGUUAACGAUACUCUACUUGACGAAUCAUCUGUUGAGCGUCAAGAGCAGUAUCCAUUACAUGCCCGGUCAAUACGGCGCUGGCAGAUGGACGUACACACCUACGGCGAAGGAGAAACAGACUGUGUACGAGAAAUUCGGUUCCAAUUUGCAGAUUCCUCUCAAUUUCACCCGAACGGUUAAACCGUACGAUCCGUGUGACACGAAUACUCGGAUCGAGCGGCCGCGAUUGCUGAUAAACGAUCAGACUACUCGAUUCUUAUUUUAUCGACAGCUCGCCGACGAACUUGUCCUCUACGACGAACUUUUAUAUAAUACGUUGAAUAAAAUAUAUAAUAUAUAUAUACACAUAUAUACAUAUAUUAUAUCGCGGAAAAUGGACAAGCUGACUAUUAUCUCGGGGAUACUGUUCCUGCUCGCGGAUAUCUCCGCCAUAAUCAGCAUCGCCAUGCCGGACUGGAUCAUUACCGACAUCGGCGGCGACACGAGACUGGGUCUCAUGUGGUCAUGCAUGACCUUGUACAACAGACCGCAGGUUUGUUUCAAAUCGCAGCUGGAGUCGGAAUGGAUGAUGGCACUAGUCUGCAUAUUUAUUGGCUGCAUUCUGAUAACGGCGACUAUAAUAUUACUGGUAAUUUCGCACUGGGACCGUACCGUCAUUCCCUUCGCCCGCUGGGUAGGAUUCGGCGCCAUGGUGCUAUUUUGUCACGCGGCAGUCAUAUUUCCAAUGGGAUUCCACAUUGACGAGAUUGGUGGGCAACCGUAUCAGUUGCCUAACUCGCACCAAGUUGGGAUCGCUUACAUCUUGUUUGUCCUAGCUCUAUGGAUCACAGUAAUCUCUGAACUCUUUGCAGGCAAAGUUUGUCUACCACAUUUUUAGCAUUCCGCCGUAGCAUUCAUAUUUCUUAAUUACGCUCUAUUGACAGUCUUUUUUAUAUCAGUUAGUUUUGUCACCGACAAGUUUCUGUUCAGGACCUGUCGGUCUUCAACAAUAUCCCGUCGGUGGUAUUGUUUAUACGAUAUAAAAUUAUUUUGAUCUUGCAAUAACAAUUUUAUAAAACUUUAAUAGGGAUUGCACUAAAUUCUGCUUUAUAUUGAGCAGAUUAAGAUAGAAUAAGGAUCAGUUAUAGCCAUUAGUUUCUAAUAUUUAAUAAAUCUUCUAUAAAAUGAUAGCUGUACAGAUAAAAAGAAUCAAUUAAGUUAUUAUAAUAUAAUAUUAAUACCUGUCCUUAACUAAAGGAUGUGUGAAUAGUCUAUGAGCGAUGUGUAUUGAAAUUUGACAGUCUAGAAUUUUCUCUAACGAUAUAUACAAUAACAUGUUAGUAGAUAAGAUCGUAAGAAGUUAACUUUCAAAUAAACACACGGGGGAAAACGAAUGAAACUCGAUACAUAUUUGAAAUAUAUAUAUAUAUGUAUAUAUGCAUGUAUAUUUCUUAAUCAUAAUUAAAUUUUAACAUAUGUACAGUUUUACUUUUUGUUAUAAACUUCAAAUAUUUAUUUACAAAACCGGAAAUAAAUGAGAGGUAUUAUGUUUAAUGCGUAAGUUACAAUUAGAUCGAAAACUUAGGAUAUUUCUUACUUCUUAUCUAUAUUAUACAAACAUACAUACUAGAUAUAAUAGAUGUAAUAGAUAUAAUAGAUGUGUGUACGUAAGAAAACUAAAACCUGUAUAUUUCUGAUUUUUCGAAAUGUUAUUUAACAAUAAAACUUGUGCCGCAAAUAAAUGGCAUUUUAUUUGCGUACGAGGCAAACAGUUAA